CCUCGCUCGUCUUUGUUUGUGUUUUGCCGAGUAUCUCGGUCGUGAUUAUCUCUCUUUCGUCUAUUUCCGUUUCUCUGCGGUCUGCUUGGAGCAGGUCAUGGUAGUCUCUUGUCAUGUCUGCCAUCUUGCUUGAUCUUGUUUCGUACUCUGUUUGUCCGGGCCCGUCGGUAAAUUGGGUUGCGGGUUUUUUCAUACCUUCCUAUUAUCUCGCCAUCUUGGUUAUUUGUUCGAUGAUGACUACUGAGUUGAGCUUUAACUCAAGGUCGGCAACCUCUUGGAUGAUCUUCGGUGGCCCACAUCUUCUCUCUAGCUUCAUUCCUUCCUCGUGGAUGUACUCUGCGAGUAUCUUGUCUUUAAUGACGUGUGCAGGCCAUACCCAUCGGCCCCGCCCUACUGUUGGUGCUUUCUCUGUUGUAAUCUUGGUCCAUAUUAGGUCGUGGUCUGUUUCUAUCCCUAUCCGGUCGAUGCGUGAGAGGGAUCCUCCUAGGGCUAUAGGUUGUCGGAAUGUGUAUUGUCUAGAUUCUGGGGCGUUGACCGCGUUGUUGUUAUCUGUGUGUGCUGGGAGGCGGUCGAUCGCUCCUUCGACUAUGUUCAUGUCUCCAAUCAUGAAUUUCCGGUUUGCUGUGGGGUCGUUGGGAGCGUAUACGCCUAGUAUGGAUAGGGGGCUUCCGUCCGCAUGUUUCGUCUCAAGUAACAAUGCUCUUCCUUGGAUCACUUCUCUUGCUUGGGCGUCUUCUGUCGCUAUCAGGUUCUUGUUCAUCACGAUGGCUAGUCCGGC